AGCUGGAAUAUUUGAACUAGUACAAGUCGUUGGAAAUGGGACAUAUGGGCAAGUCUAUAAGGGUCGCCAUGUGAAGACAGGACAGCUUGCAGCAAUCAAGGUUAUGAAUGUGACCGAGGAUGAGGAAGAAGAAAUCAAACUGGAAAUUAACAUGCUGAAGAAGUAUUCCCAUCAUCGGAACAUCGCAACCUAUUAUGGUGCUUUUGUAAAGAAAAGUCCUGCAGGUCAGGAUGACCAGCUAUGGCUGGUAAUGGAAUAUUGUGGGGCUGGGUCUGUAACAGAUUUAGUGAAGAAGACAAAAGGGAAUUCUUUCAAGGAAGACUGGAUUGCAUACAUCUGCAGAGAGGUCCUCAGAGGUCUGUCACACUUGCACGCUAACCAUGUUAUCCACCGAGAUAUUAAAGGGCAGAAUGUGCUGCUAACAGAAAAUGCUGAAGUGAAAUUAGUUGAUUUUGGAGUCAGCGCUCAGCUGGACCGAACAAUUGGCAGGAGAAAUACUUUCAUUGGGACUCCUUAUUGGAUGGCCCCUGAAGUCAUUGCUUGUGAUGAAAACCCAGAAUCGACAUAUGACUACCGAAGUGACUUGUGGUCAUUAGGCAUCACGGCGAUAGAAAUGGCGGAAGGGGCUCCCCCUUUGUGCGAUAUGCAUCCCAUGAGAGCUCUCUUUCUCAUUCCACGGAACCCCCCUCCUAAACUGAAAUCCAGGAAAUGGUCAAAAAAGUUUCUCAACUUUGUCGACAGUUGCUUGGUGAAAAAUUACAUGCAUCGCCCUGUGACAGAGACCUUGCUCAAACAUUCCUUCAUAAGAGACAUGCAAAACGAACGGCAAGUGCGUAUCUUGCUGAAAGAUCAUCUAGACAGGACCAGGAAAAAAAAGGGAGAAAAAGAUGAAACAGAAUAUGAGUACAGUGGAAGUGAGGAAGAAGGGGAUGAGUUGAAUGAAGAUGAAGGCGAACCAAGCUCCAUUGUGAAUCUCCCUGGUGAAUCCACCCUGCGCCGCGAGUUCCUCAGACUUCAGCAGGAGAACAAAGGCCGUUCAGAUCCUCCGCGCCCGCAGCCGCUGCAGCAGCCGCAACAGCAACAGAAGCACCAGGAGAACUACAAAAGGCAGCUUUCGGAAGAGAGGCAGAAGCGCAUCGUGGAACAAAAGCUGCAGAGGAAGAAGUUGGAGGAUCAUCAGAAAAAGGAAGAGCUUCAGAAGCAUCUGGACCUUGAAAGGAGAUACCCGGAGAUCAAGGUGGCACAAGGCAAAGUCGAGAAGGAUAAAAGCAGCAGACAAAAUCAGGAGGAUGCGUGGCGCAAAGGGGAUGGAGUCCAAAAACCAGAAAUGCAACAGAGAAAAGCAGAAGAAGUGGCUCAUGGGAAGAAGUUUCAUCGAACUCUUCCCAAAGAUCAAACACAACUCCUUUCUCUCCAGCAUGAUCACAAGCAGAAGAAUAAGGAGCUUUCUAAGAUCCUUCAUAUUCCAGGAGGCCUUUCGUCAAACUGUGCGAGCAAAGAGGCAGAAAAGAAGCAUAAGAAAAGUGAUGGUGUCCAGCCUGACCUCAGCCGGGCAGCGGUCCUUGAGCAGGAGGCCACCCCGCACGGAAGACUGGGGUCCGGCAGUAGUUCCAGUCCGUGCACACCAGCUUUACAACGAGCAGUGGUGGUUCAGAAUGAAAACCUCGGAACCAGUCGGGACAUGUAUCACAGCAGUUCGUUGUCUGAUGUUGCUGUCACACCCCUGAGUCCCAGCCAGGAUGAUGUUUUUUGGAGUCUGUCUCCGACCGAAGAGCAACCGCCAAAGGUUCCUCAAAGGACAACAUCAACGUUUUACACCAGGGAUCAGUUUGGGCAUCAGAGUAUCCCUUCAAGCACACAUCAGCCAUCCCUGGGGGAUCCCAAAGCAAAAUCCAGUAACAGCUACUGCAGUUCCAGUGGCAACAAGCAAAAGGACCUCAUGUCCCAUCAGAACAGCCAAUUGAUCUCGGGAUCAUCCAGAAUGGACAACAGACCGCACCAAUCCUAUAAGAAACCUGAAAAAACAUCCCGUUCAGGCCAUAUUUCAAGCCCAGCUUUAUGGAACAAGGAGAAAGAUGGCAGUCACUUGCUCCGGAAGUCUUUAGAAUAUUCCUCCUCCAGUGACGAAAUCUACAGCAGUGAUGAGGAUGAUGGGGGUGACAGACACAUAAGGCAACCGCUCAGCAACGGAGUGACCGCGUUCUCAAGGGCAAGGGUGGCUGACGGGAUCGAACUGAAUUCUCCGUGCGUUGUAACGGAUCGCAAGGAUUAUGCUGCAGGAAAACGUGGCUGUGGCACUCGUGAAGGACUCUGGAACAUGAAUAACCAAAAUUACCUACUUCCUGACCUCCUACAACAGAGUCAGAUUUCCGACUGUUCAGCAAACCAGCUGAAAACUGCUGGUCAGGAACUUCAAAACAACCCCACUGCUAACAAGGCACAGAACACUGACAGUACUCCUUCCAAAAAUAGUUCCUCCUCUACAUCAUCUUUUACAUCAUUCAUUGAUCCUAGGCUUCUCCAAAUCUCACCUCCUUCCAGUCCAACUGGACCAAACUCUGGUUCCCCAUCCAAUGUGAAAAUGGAGCCCACCAGCCGGCAAAAUGCAAGAAAAGGUUCUGUUGUCAAUGUGAAUCCUACAAAUAUCCGGCCGCAGAGCGACAGCCCUGAAAUCCGCAAAUAUAAAAAGAAGUUUAAUUCAGAGAUCUUGUGUUCUGCAUUGUGGGGGGUGAAUUUACUGGUGGGGUCUGAAAAUGGAUUGUGGCUUCUAGACCGCAGCGGACAAGGUCGAGUUUACUCCUUGAUAAGCAGGAGACGCUUUCAACAGAUGGAUGUGCUGGAAGGGCUGAACGUGCUAAUUACCAUCUCAGGCAAAAAAAAUAAGCUACGGGUAUAUUAUUUGUCUUGGCUACGAAACAAGAUCUUGCGGAACGAUCCUGAUGUGGAGAGACGACAAGGCUGGGUGUCAGUGGGCGACCUAGAAGGCUGCAUACACUACAAAGUUGUGAAAUACGAGAGGAUCAAGUUUCUUGUGAUUGCGGUGAAGAAUUCAGUUGAAGUCUAUGCCUGGGCUCCCAAACCGUAUCAUAAAUUUAUGGCUUUUAAGUCUUUCACCUCUCUUCCUCAAAAACCACUCUUGGUUGAUUUGACUGUGGAGAAUGGACAGAGGCUGAAAGUUAUCUAUGGGUCAGCAGUUGGAUUUCAUGCUAUUGAUGUGGACUCUGGCUCAGUGUAUGACCUAUAUUUGCCGACACAUAUCCAGGGAAAUAUUCAUCCGCAUGCUAUUAUCAUUCUCCGCAAUACCAGUGGGAUGGAACUUCUGCUGGCUUAUGAAGAUGAAGGAGUCUACCUUGACAUUUAUGGGCACUUCUCAAAAGAAAACAUUUUGCAAUGGGGAGAAAUGCCCACAUCAGUAGCUUAUCUUCAGUCCAAUCAAGUUAUGGGUUGGGGUGAGAAAGCAAUUGAACUGCGUGCUGUGGAAACAGGAUGUCUGGAAGGCGUGUUCAUGCACAAGAAAGCUCAGAAGCUGAAAUUUCUCUGCGAAAGGAAUGAUAAGGUAUUUUUUGCAUCUGUUCAGUCCGGAGGCAGCAGCCAAAUUUACUUUAUGACACUGGGCCAAAACAUACUAUUCAACUGGUAAAUCACAUUGGAAUGAAGUAACAUUUGACUUUCCCAGUUUAUAUGAGCCAUAUAAAGUUUGUGUUCAUUUCAGAAGUUUCUGUAACAAAAGGAAAAGAAAACCCCACUAUCAUCACACUGUUCUUCAACUGCAAGAUGGUACAACUCUUGCAAAUGUAUCAUUUGCUGUUUAAAAUUUGCCAUUCAGGAUCCUGGAGAGUGGUUUUAAAAACAAAAGGCAGUUGUGCAAAGCGCAGUUGUACAAUGGAAGCCAAGCUCCCUGUCUUACAAAGUAUGCACAGAGCUAUUUUUUGCACAAAGAUUGUAAUGUUAUUUUUUUAAAUGUUCAGGGGGAGAGUGUUUUGGUGAACAGUGUGCAUAGCUAGGUAUAUUCAGUGCAAAUGUGUCUAGCUAUGAGGUGGAAAACCAUUUGAUUGCUAAAUUAGUUUUGUAGGGUCUCACUGUUUUCAAAAAGCUUGCUUUCUCAGGUGGAUCUGCCUUCUUCUCUGAACUCAUAAGUAACAUCAUUGUUUGCCAGGAGAUUUCAUGGCCUUGUGAAGUGUUCAUUCAUUUCAAAAGGAGUAUCUACAGGGAGAAAUUCCCAGGGGGUGUCUAUGUUCUCAGUGAUUUGAGGCUGGAAGUGUCCUCAGGGACACAAACAUCCCAAUUUCUAUCAGAUUUUACAAUUGUUUAUACCCAAGUACCAUAUCCUCUCAUAUGUGCUGUUACAGAAGAUUUCUAAGGAUAUUCUAAACCAAUGACAGGUGUGAAAAAUCCUCAAGAGAGAUCCUGCUAAUCUUACUUGCUCAAGUGGUCCUUAAUAUUUGAACGAGAUGACUCCCACCAGCAUGGGAUUCAAGUUCUUUCCAUUUUUUAUUCUUAGAUCUCAAUGGAGAACUUCCCAUUUAACCCAUAUGUUUCUACUGUGGUGUUAGAAACAACCCCCCUCCCCACAAAUAGGUCUAAGCCACUGCAGACCUCUAACUGGAGUGAGGACAAUGUCCAUUAACCUCAAUGGGACUUAACUGAAGCAAGAUCCAUUCUUGAAGCCAAGUUAUCUUUUUUUAAAAGCAGGUAUUUUAUAUCAGUAAUGUCUCAUUGAAGGAGACAUCACCUAGUGACACACUGUGUUUUUCCACCAUCAUAUUAUAUUCUCAGGGUUUACAUUUUGGGUUGUACUAUGUCUCAGGUUUACAAGAUUUCACUAAAGUUUGUACAAUCCUUUGGAAAAUACAAGGCACUAUUUUUUUUUAAGGAUUCCACAGUUGAACGGUUUCUACAAAAUUAUUUUUAUCGAAGCAAGAAGUCGUAAUCUGUACCCGAAGACUAUGGGAGGAAGGUGGGAUGAGUGAAGUACUUAAAAAUGCAUUGUAUUAAAUUCCAGCAUGAAAUUGCCACCGCAAAUCUUUUUCCAAGAACAGCUUGGCUCAGCGACAGAAUGUGAUGCUUGCAAGAGGUCUGGGAUUCAGUUCCCCAGAUUUCCAAUUAAAUGCAUAUCUGAGAGUUGGGCUGGGAAUCCUGUCUCUCUGAGUCUUUGGAGGGACAGCCGCUGUUCAGUGGAAUAAGGGCUGUUAGGGGAGGAACCAGUUGUCGGAGCUCAUAUAAAGCAACUGUGUUUUGGAAAGAAUGGGGAUCGGAACGCUGCGAUCAGGUCAUGUUCUCGAUUUCUAGUCAUCCGGGGAGUUUAUUUAAAAACCAAAGACUUGGGCCUUUUGUCAUGAAAACAAAUGGCUUCUUUAAAAGUGCUAGCUUUCAGAGAGCAGCCGGGAGCUCGUGACAGUCUUCUGAGGAUGAAAAUAACUUGUUUCCAUGGAUUCUUCAUCUUAAAGCGAUAACCUUUUAUUACUUUCAGGGCAACACAUAGUCCAUUCGGCAGCCUGGUUUUGUGCAAUUACUUUCCUUUGCUUGGUAUCACCAUUGCUCUGCUCACUCCUGUCCCAUCCAUCCACAAAAAUCACCUUGAUUCAAAAUAGCUACUUUCGUAGCUGUUAAUGGCAUGGCCAAGUUGGUUAAAAUAUUCAUUGGACUUACUUAAGUUUAGCUUUACUAAACCUUUUAUUCAUUAUGCCAACUAAUUGUUCUUGCCUGUUGCUGUUAAGCAUCAUGGGCGAGAUGUCAAAUAGAUGGUUUUAAGAGAGUUGGAUGCUGUCAGCAAUGUUGCUUUGCUCAACUAUAUUCUUAGGUAACUAGUGUGUUAAAGAAUUUUCACACCUGAUGUUGGUGUCUUGAAAGCAUUUGAUUCUUGGUAGUAGGAAUUUUGAACUGGGUGGUUCUCUGUGGACUGUCCUGGUCUUUCACCUACUGCUCUUCUCAUUUCAAGGCCAGGCCGUCUUGGUGUUUCUUGCAUGCCUUGUUUCAUGAAUGUUGUUCUGGCUCCUGUAAUUUGUUUGCUCCCUGUUCUCAUUAAGUUAUUGGGAGUGAAGAGAGCUAAUUAUCUAGGUGUUAGUCAAAUCCCAUGGAUAUGCUGUUAUAUUUGGUUAUAUUUGAAAUUGGUGGUAGAUGAUGACACUUACAAUGUGUCCUAAUGAUGAUAACUGGGGUCCUCCAUGGAAGGAUCAGUGGGUUCCCAGAGGAUAUGUUUUACAAAUGUCCUUUGUGUCACACAGUUGUGAUAUUUAGGAAGUGCAUGUGUUGUAAGCAGUAGACUGAUGGUGUGAUGACAAGUGUUGAAGUCUUGGAAGUCUAGGAAUUCCUCCCAGAUCUAGAGCUAUGAAGCAUAUUGCCAAGCUAUAUGGCAGAUGUUCUGAACAUAGUGUUAAGGUCAGCCAACCAUAAGAGAAUAUUGGGAUGUGUUUAGAUAAAAUGGAUCCCAUGAUUCUGAGCAUAAAUACCUUUCCUGGGGUCCAGCCAGAAGGGGCACCAAUGGUUCCAGGAGCUGAUUUUUCUCAUAACUAGUGGUUGUUACAUCUCAGUAUAAAAAUUGAAAGCAGACCUGAAUAAUAAUACUUUUUAAAAAGCUAAAACUCUAGGAAAAAGGGGGGGGGGACAGGAAUUGCUGUACUCCAUGCUUUCCCCAAGCUCGAAACCACAUUCCUAUGUCAGAGAUAAUAAGAUUGAAAUAGAAUAGGUGGAAACAGCUGCAGUCUGUCUCUUGAAAGUUAUUUGGCAUCUCUAUCUCCAUACUUAACAUUCUUCUAGCAUUUUUUCUUGACAAAAAAAUCAGAGUUCCUUGUUUUCCCAAUGCUUAGAUAUUGGAAGGGCAUGGAAACUGAAAAGCUGUAGCAUUUCCUCAGGAGACUGAUGUACUGUGUCAGAGUAAUUGGGUGGAGAAAAAUCUUUCAGUCAUUGUUUAUAGCAUUGGAGGUAAUAAAGAACAAUCGUUCAGUUCCUACAUCUGAACUUAACGUUUCUCCAAUUUCCAGCUUCCGUAUAUAUUUUUAAUUGCCCUAGGCAUCUGUACAAAAACCAGAAGUGAACUUUGACAGAAAAAUGAUCAAAUGAAGACGGUCUCUAACUAAAGAAAUAGAGGAAUAUAUGUUUAACUGAACCGUCGCAAUGGUGGUGUGUGGAGAGCAUAGAAAUCAGUAUGGAGCUAUAUACAGGCCCUGAAAUCUGUUGGCACAUCGUCAAUUUCAAAGAAGGCAGGGAUAAAAACUUGCAAGGAUUCUUAAAUUGUCACAGUGAAUUAUCUAAUUCCUCUUUAAAAAAAAAAGUGUUGAGGAAUUAGAUAAUUGUUAAAGUAUCAGCUAUGUUUAAAGUGUUAAAAACAAAAAAAAGUAACUUUUAAUGGAUUUAAGAUAACCCUAAGUAACUGCAUCAACAUUCCAUAGACUUGAUUGAUUGAUUGAUUGAUUAUGUGCCAUCAAGUUGUUUUCAACUCCUAGCAACCACAUAGAUAGAUUCCUCUAUGACCACAGACUUGAGAUAUGUAUAAUUCGGGGGCGGGGGGGAGUUGUCAAUUUUAAGUUGCAAGGUAAAUGGUGUGGAUCAAUCAAACCAAUCAACCAGAGAUACUGCUCUUUUUACAAACGAAAGCAAACUCUUUUAUGUAGGUAAACAGAACUAGAGGAGCCUAACCCAUUUUGAACUUUGCUUUCCUUUCUAUCAAUAUAAACUGGGAAGGGGAACAUCCUGAAAACAGGUACUAGUGUCCAUAUGCAGCAUUGAAACUUGCAACAGUCUUUUGACCAUGGUCAGAUGAACUGUAAAAGCAGAAAAAGAACUUUGCUGGAUUAUUCUAGCAUCCUGGCUCCCUUAGGGAUCAUGUAGAACCUUUCAGCAGGACUCAGGGGGGCAUUCUGUGGCUAUUUUUCCCCCCUUUCUUGCAAGUUGAACCUGGCUUCUAUUCCCCAUCAAGUCAUAUGCUUGACAUGCCCAUCCAAGAAUCAAAUACUGAUACAGGAAGGUUCACCUUUUACAUUUUCCUAAAGAAAACUCACCCAAUGAAUGUACCUUCACUUGAACGCCCAGUGGGUGCCUUAUGAAUUGAGACAAGGUGAAAAUGAACCAAUGCUCUAAACGAAAUGAUCAAAUCUCCUUGUUUCAGAAUAGGGAGAGAAGAGAAUUACAUAAAUAAUUGUGGUGAAGGCUAAACUACAAGAAAAACCUUUAGGAGUUUUGUAGACCUGGAUCUUUGCCUGCUAACAAGCUAUCUUAUCUUGUCCCUGUUCACAAAGAUGAAAAUACACAUUACUAUUCAAACACACAUUUGUUUAGUCCUCGAAAUUUUCUGUAGUUCCAAUAUUUUCCUAAAUCUGUCUGGUUUUUCCCCAUAUAGCUAGUUUCCCCCCCAGAUGUUGAAGAAAUAGAGAGGUGAAGGAGAAUGAGUCAUUUUCUUCCCAGUUUUCAUAAAGAGCCUAUUUUUAGAAUAUCAAGUUUGAUCGUCUGCCUCUCCGUAAAUGCCAUCAGGGGCAAAUAGGUUCACAAUCUUAUGAUCUGAAUGAGUUACUGCCUAUUAACAAUGAAACAGUCAUUGAAAAUUAUUUUUCCUUCCAUGUCAAUGAGUUGCUGAUCUGAGAAAGGGAGAUGGUGUCAGAAUGUGGUAGAAGGAAUAUGUUAAGUGUAGAGAUUUCUGAUCCAAAUCUCUAAAAGUUCUGAUUUCCUAGGAACAAGGCAGAUCAUAGACAAAUGAGGAAUGUUGCAAUGCAUAACCCAGAAUGGCUAAACAGUUUAUUAAAAAAACCCAAAAACUCAGAGAUGCAAUUUCUUAUUUUCAAAUUGAUUAUUUAUAAGUUGGCAGAAUUGCUGCUCCAUCUAGCACAACUCCCGUAUUUCCCUUUCUCCUUAUGCUCGGUUGCAGUCUUCUCCAAUUUGAUGCCUUCCAGAUAUGGCAGGAUAGCAAUUCCCAGAAUUCCCUGCUAGCUAACAGGACAGGGGUCUCUGGGAGCCAAUGGGUUGGGGAAGACGCAUCUGUUUGCAGAAGCAGAAUGAGUCCCAAGGAACUUCUACGCCCCAAAGCCCAGGUGAUGAGUUCUGCAUGCGAAUCACAGUAAACGUAUUUGGUAUGUUUACGGUGACGUGAGAGUAACUGUGAAUUACAUCUCUGAAACUUACCCACCCCAAAGGGUUUUUUUUUUCCCUGACAGCUCCUUUGCUGAAUCACUCCUCAAGGCUCAUUUUGCUGGAGCCGUUAGCUAUGAAGCACUUUCAUACUUCUAGUAUAUAAUUAGUAUGACAGUAAGAUAGGACUCCUGAUCCAUGGCAAGUAGAAAUGGGAAAGGCGAUAUUCAUUUUCUGGAUCCACUUAAUACAGAGCAAGAAGGAAACUACGUGUGCACCUGCAGAGGACACAGAUGGUUGUCACAGAUGUUAGUGUUAUGGCUGCAAACCUAAGCGUUCUUAACCUGGAAAUAAGCAGUAGGACCAGCUUCUGAGUAAAUACACCUAGGAUUGUAGCGUGUGGCUGUUAUUUCGCCAUGAGAUAGAAAUAAAUUCAGCAGGAGGAAUUUAUUUACUUUGUUUUCCUGAAAAGACUUCCCUCAAGUAAUUUAUCUUUAAAAGGGAAGUGUCGUCCUAGAUUUUCUGAGACCACAGGAAUGAAGAGAGAUUAGGUUUUUUAAAGUCGAAUUGUAUGUUUUUAUGGGAAAAGAGAAAAAAUAAUUUAAAAUGCAGAGUCAUCUCUCUCUCAGAUAAAAAUUGUAUAUUUUGCUUCUAAGCUUGUUGAAUCCAAGGCUUAAUUUAACAAGAAGUUCUGUUGUAGUUCAGUCUAAUUACAAAAUGCAGCACUGUGAAAAACAAUCAAGAUCAAUAGUAGAUAGUAAAAAAAAGUGUUCCAAGAAAUUAUCAAGCAGAUGAAAUGCCACUGAAGAGGAGAGAGUAUAAAAAGCUGUUAGUAGAUAAAAGAAAGAGAACGUUGGUAGAAAGCAAAAUGAAGGAAAGGAGAAAUAAAUAUUGCAAUUCUAGAUAGGCGUGGGAAGUACAUGGAAUAUAUAUUGAGAAUGCUGAUAUUUAAGAACUCAUAGCAAAGUUUUAGAUUAUAUUAUCAUGUGGGGAUUGCCUGGAGACUGAAAAGAUUUAAAAGUAAUUGGUAAUACUUAAAUGAACAUUUAGCUUUCUGAGACUUCAAUGUAAUCAAAUCCUAGUAUUUUGCUUAUUUUUUUAAGAGUGAUGUAUUGCACUAAGCAAUGAAGUUAUUUUGUAUGAGGUUCUCAAGAGAGAGUAAAAAUAUCAGUAAUAUACUAUAACAUUGAUGCCCAAAUUCCAACAAUUCCUGAAACUUCUCCUUAUUUGCAGUUUUAAUAUUGCGUUGAAGUAAUUAAGGCAUUAAACUAUGGUUACAUUUAGUCUGUAAGUUGCUUUAGCCCAAACCUGUGAGUUUAAACAAUUGGAACAUUAUCAUGCUAUGCACUAUAUAUUAUGGGAUUUUUUUUUUGUACUGUAACUUCGUAAUGUCAAAUUGUAUAUUUGAAAACAGAAAAAAAUAAAGCAAUAUUCU